AUGCUUCUCUACCUGUUCGGGCUUUUCCUCAUCCUUCCCUUCACUUUAGCCGAAGACACCGAACUCGAAGAUGACCUUGAGGGCGGCUCUGAGGAAGACACCAAUGAUACCGGUGAUAACAAUGAGGAGACAGACAGUGGUUCUUCAGGCGACGUUAGUGACUCAAGUGACGAAGGCGGUUGCGCUGACGCAGCGAAGUAUGACAAACUCUGCCCGUACCUGAAGGAGAAGGGUUUCUGCAGCGGGUACCUGCAAGACCACAUGAAAAAGUGGUGCAAGAAGACUUGUGGAUGUUGA